CGAACGCCUCCCCUCCCCUCCUCCCACCACCACCUCGCCCUCCUCUCCUCUCCUCUCUCCAUUCCUCGCUCGCCCUCGAUCUCGCCCUCCAGCUCGCCACUGCCCCGCUCCCCUCCCAAACCCCUCCCGCCGCCCGGAUCUCGCUCCCCCGGAACCCUACCGCGCUCGCUCGCCCGCGCCGCGCCGCACCGCGCGGGCCGCCGCGGCCUCCGGCUCCUCCCCCAUUUGCGGCGCGCUAGGCAGGCCGGCCCUAGGCGCUGCUGCCGGAGCGAGGCGCGGCGCGAUGGGGAGGGCCGCGCGCUGACGCCGAUGAUGUCGGACGCGUCCUCGGAUCUCGGCGGCGCCAGGGCCGGGCCCGUCGAGCGCGACAUCGAGCAGGCCAUCACUGCUCUCAAGAAAGGGGCAUACUUGCUCAAGUACGGACGUAGAGGGAAGCCAAAGUUCUGCCCCUUCAGGCUUUCCAAUGAUGAAUCUGUAUUGAUUUGGUUCUCAGGGAAAGAGGAGAAGCAGCUAAGGUUGAGCCAUGUGUCCAGGAUAAUUCCCGGACAGCGAACUGCAAUUUUUCAGAGGUAUCCACGACCUGAGAAGGAAUGCCAGUCAUUUUCUCUCAUAUCUCAUGAUAGAUCAUUGGAUAUUAUAUGCAAAGAUAAAGAUGAAGCUGAGGUGUGGUUUGCUGGGCUAAAAACACUGAUAUCCCGUAGUCACCAAAGAAAAUGGAGGACAGAGUCAAGAAGUGAUAUGCUUUCCUCUGCUACGACUAGUCCAAGAACUUACACAAGAAGGAGCUCCCCCUUGAGUUCUCCUUUCAGCAGCAAUGAUAGUGUCCACAAGGAUGGUAGCGAAAACUACCGACUCCGUAGUCCAUAUGGGAGUCCGCCAAAGGUCGGCUUGGACAAGGCCUUUUCUGAUAUCGUAUCCUAUGCGGCUCCACCCAGGCCCUUCUUUCCAUCGGAUUCUAAUGUUGGUUCAGUCCACUCUGCGUCUUCUGGGCACUCAGAUAACACAAAUGGUAGAGGCAUCCCAAUGGACGGUUUCCGAGUUAGUUUAUCAAGUGCUGUUAGUUCAUCAAGUCACGGUUCUGGUCAUGAUGAUGGUGAUGCUCUAGGAGAUGUUUUCAUAUGGGGAGAGGGAACUGGGGAGGGAAUUCUUGGAGGUGGAAAUUCAAGGGUUGGAAGUUCCUCAGGUGCAAAGAUGGAUUGUCUUGUACCAAAACCACUGGAGUUCGCUGGAAGACUUGAUGUGCAAAACAUUUCUUGUGGAGGAAGGCAUGCCACACUUGUCACAAAGCAGGGAGAGGUCUACUCUUGGGGUGAGGAGUCCGGCGGGCGUCUUGGUCACGGUGUAGAUUGUGAUGUGCCCCAGCCAAAACUUAUCGAUGCUCUUGCUCAUAUGAACAUUGAGCUAGUGGCAUGUGGUGAGUACCAUACUUGUGCAGUUACGCUCUCUGGAGAUUUAUACACAUGGGGAAAUGGCACCUUUAAUUUUGGGCUUUUGGGUCAUGGGAAUGAAGUCAGUCAAUGGAUGCCCAAAAGGCUCAAUGGACCAUUAGAAGGAAUACAUGUUUCGUCUAUUUCAUGUGGCCCUUGGCACACAGCUGUAGUAACGUCUGCGGGGCAGCUAUUCACAUUUGGAGAUGGCUCCUUUGGAGUUCUAGGUCACGGAGACCGACAGAGUCUUUCUGUCCCAAGGGAGGUGGAAUCCCUCAAAGGUCUACGGACUGUCCGCGCAUCUUGUGGUGUGUGGCACACGGCCGCCGUUGUUGAAGUUAUGGUUGGGAAUUCAAGUUCCAGCAAUUGUUCAUCUGGCAAGAUAUUUACAUGGGGUGAUGGUGAUAAAGGUCGUUUAGGACAUGGUGACAAAGAUUCAAAACUAGUCCCAACGUGUGUAGCUUCGUUGGUUGAGCCUAACUUUUGCCAAGUAGCUUGUGGUCAUUGCUUCACGGUAGCACUAACAACCUCUGGGCAUGUAUAUACAAUGGGAAGUUCUGUCUAUGGUCAGCUUGGAAAUCCACAAGCAGAUGGCAUGAUUCCUACGCGUGUUGAAGGGAAGCUACAUAAAAACUUUGUAGAGGAAAUCUCUUGUGGUGCUUAUCAUGUUGCUGUCUUAACUUCGAGGACAGAGGUGUAUACAUGGGGUAAAGGUGCAAAUGGUCGGUUAGGACACGGUGAUACUGAUGAUAGGAAUUGUCCUACAUUGGUUGAAGCUCUGAAAGAUAAGCAGGUCAGGAGUGUUGUUUGUGGAAUUAACUUCACUGCAGCAAUAUGCAUUCACAAGUGGGUGUCUGGAGUUGACCAGUCUAUGUGUUCUGGAUGCCGCUUGCCAUUUAACUUAAGGAGAAAACGGCAUAAUUGCUACAAUUGUGCCCUUGUAUUUUGUCACUCCUGCAGCAGUAAGAAAUCUCUGAAAGCUUCAUUAGCACCUAAUCCAAACAAGCCUUACCGUGUCUGUGAUAACUGCUAUGGCAAACUGAAUAAGGCACCUGAGACAGAUAGAUAUUCUUCAGCAAAGCGGGGAGCUAUCUUGCAAGGGUUCAAUGAUUCUAAUUCCAUCAACGAGGAUUUGGAGACAAGAUCAAAUGUUCAACUGUCUAGAUUGUCAUCGAUGGAAUCUUUCAAGAACAUGGAUAGCAGAUAUUCAAAGAGAAACAAGAAGUUUGAAUUUAAUAGCAGUCGUGUUUCCCCUAUUCCAAAUGGCAGUUCUCACUGGAGUGGUCUCAACAUUUCAAAAUCUUUUGGCUCAUCAAAGAAAUUCUUCUCAGCAUCAGUUCCAGGAUCAAGAAUUGUUUCUAGGGCGACAUCACCUGUUUCAAGAAGAGCAAGCCCUCCUAGAUCAACAACUCCAACACCUACCUUGGGUGGUCUAACAUCUCCAAGAGUUGUAGACGGUGCCAAGCCAAUAAAGGACAGCCUAAGCCAAGAGGUUGUAAAUUUGAGAUCGCAGGUGGAAAAUCUUACUCGGAAGUCUCACCUACUGGAAGUUGAAUUGGAGAGAACAACUAAACAGUUAAAAGAAGCUAUUUCCAUUGCAGGGGAGGAAACUGCCAAGUGCAAAGCUGCAAAAGAAGUAAUCAAGUCACUCACUGCGCAAUUGAAGGGUAUGGCAGAGAAACUACCUGAAGGAGCAGGGGCAGGAGCAGGACCAGUUAAGCACAACAGACUGCCACCGCUUUCUGGAAUGCCUGUUCCAAGUGAUAUAUCAGUGGCAACUGAGAAUUUAGGUAGCCCAAGAGGUUCUGGAGAGCCGUAUUUGAACGGAUCUAAUGGGUUGGUUGUUUCUAAUGGACCAAGUUCAGUUAGAAAUAAGACUCACUUAGAAGUUGGCAAGAAUGGAACCAGACUACCUGAUUCAGACACUAAGCUUGAGUCUGAAUGGGUAGAGCAAGAUGAACCUGGGGUCUACAUCACCCUUACUGCCCUACCUGGAGGGGCUAGAGAUCUCAAGAGGGUCCGGUUCAGCCGGAAGCGUUUCAGCGAGACGCAAGCAGAACAAUGGUGGCAAGAGAAUCGUGCAAGGGUAUACGAGCUGUAUAAUGUUCGUGUGGUCGACAAAUCGGUUGCGAGUAUUGAUGGUGAUAUACCUCACUGUAUGAAUCUGCAGUUUCCCGCUCCUCUAUUGCUCCCACAUCUCGCUCUCCAGAUCGACACCUCUCACUCACGCCACUCGCCUGCAGCCAUGGAUCAGGACCUGUCGUCGGAGCUGGACCCGGCGCUCCUCUUGUCAACGUCGGCGUCCUCGUCGUCGCCGCCCGACUCCGCGUCGCCGUCCUUCUCCUCCUCCUCCCAGCCCUCGCCUCCUCCGGAGUACACCCUCGCCGUCACAAACCUCUCCUGCCCCGCGCCUCGCCGCGCCAGCGCCGCCUUCCUCCCGUUCCUGCAGUCCUCCUCCGCCCCAGCCACCGCCACCGCGAGCAAGGGGCUCCUCAACUCCGUCUCCUUCACCGCGUCCAGCUCCCGCAUCCUGGCCAUCGUGGGCCCCAGCGGCGCCGGCAAGUCGACGCUCCUCCGCAUCCUGUCCGGCCGCGGCACCGGCUCCGAGAUCGCCAAGCCGCCCACCGUGUCCAUCAACGGCCACGCCGUCACCUCCCGCGCGCAGCUGCGCCGGACGUGCGGCUUCGUCACGCAGGACGACAACCUCCUCCCGCUGCUCACCGUCCGCGAGACCAUCCUCUUCGCCGCGCGGUUCAGGCUCCGCUCCGACGUGACCGCGCGGGAGCGGAACGAGAGGGUCGAGGCGCUCUUGCAGGAGCUGGGCCUCUCCGAGGUGGCGGACAGCUACGUCGGCGGCGGAGACGGCGAGAUGUCGUCCGCCCGCGGGGUGUCCGGCGGCGAGCGGAAGCGGGUCUCCAUCGCGGUGGACAUCGUGCACGACCCGCCGGUGCUGCUGCUUGACGAACCCACGUCCGGGCUGGACAGCCGGUCCGCCAUGGACGUUCUGGCGCUCCUGCACGAGGUGGCGCGCGCGCGGCGCCAGGUGGUGGUGCUCAGCAUCCACCAGCCCAGCUACCGCAUGCUCGGCUACAUCUCGUCGCUGCUGCUGCUCUCCCGGGGCGCCGUCGCGCACUUCGGCACGCUCAAGUCGCUCGAGGGCGCGCUCGGGAGGCUCGGCCACAAGAUCCCCACGCAGCUCAACCCGCUGGAGCUCGCCAUGGAGGUCACCGACCAGCUCCAGGAGGACCACUCCAAGUUCGCCGCGCUCAAGGAUCAAGACCAGUCCGAGGACGAAAGCCUCGGCCUCGCCAGCGGCCGCGGCGGCCUUCACGUCCCCGAGCACGGGUAUCGGGGCCGCGCCGUGGAGGUGACGGCGCUGACCGUGCGCUGCUGGCGCACAAUGUACCGCACGCAGCAGCUCUUCGCGGCGCGGGCGGCGCAGGCCAUCGUCGGCGGCCUCGGCCUCGGCAGCGUCUUCUUCCGCGUCCCCGCCGACCCGGACGGCGUGGCGCUCCGGCUAGGACUCUUCGCCUUCAGCCUCAGCUUCCUCCUCUCCUCCACUGUCGAGGCCCUGCCAAUCCUCCUCCAGGAGCGCCGCGUGCUGAUGCGGGAGGCGUCCCGCCGCGCCUACCGCCUGUCCUCCUACGUGAUCGCCAACGCGCUCGUCUUCGCGCCCUGCCUCCUCGCCGUGGCGAUCCUCUUCUCGGUGCCAGUCUACUGGCUCGUGGGCCUCCGCGCCUCCCUCGCCGCAUUCGCCUUCUUCGUCCUCGCCGUGUGGCUCAUCGUGCUCAUGGCAAGCUCCCUGGUCCUCUUCCUCAGCGCCGUGUCGCCGGACUUCAUCCUCGGCAACUCUCUCAUCUGCAUCUUCCUCGGCGUCUUCUUCCUCUUCUCCGGCUACUUCAUACCCAAGGAGAGCAUCCCGAGGUACUGGACCUUCAUGUACUACGUGUCCAUGUACAGGUACCCGCUGGACCUGCUACUCAUCAACGAGUACGGUGGCAGCGCCAGCGAGAAGUGCGUUGCGUGGAUGGGAGGGAACGCCAUGAACGGCAACGGCGUGUGCUUGAGCACAGGCGGCGACGUGCUGAGGGGGAGAGGGGUCGACGAGGGAAUGAGGUGGGUCAAUGUGGGUGUCAUGUUGGGCUUCUUCCUGGUGUACAGGAUCAUGUGCUGGGCUGUGCUGGUCAGGAGGGCGUCCAAGACCACGCUGUGAUAGGCUCAAAAAAAAAAAAGAAAAAAAAACACGCUGUGAUCCAUUGUUUACCCGGUUUUUGGUUUCCUUCGCCCUUGCUAUUUGGAAUUUUCGAUGGUGUCUAGCUACAUGUAAAUCUUUUUGUGUAAUCGACCAUACAUACAAAUCCGAUCUUGCUUUUGCUUUUCC